UUGCUGACAUUCUGUCGUUCAGGUUCCCGUCCCCACAUCAUCUAGAACAAAGCUUAAACAAAAUAUCGCCAGAAAAAAAAAGAUUUAAUACUCGAGAACUAUGCCACGCACAAUUCUACUGAUCCAGCCCGGGGAGCGUGUGGAGAAGCGCACUUACUCCCGUUUCCAGAGCAUCGACGAUUGCAUGGAGCGCGUGUGCAAGACCUACGAGGGAGUUCUGAAGCGCGAAAAUCCCAAAAUGCGCAUCAUCACCUACGACAUUACCGAAUUGUUUCAGUUCAUUGACAUGCUGAAGGACAUCACCUGCCUGGUGCACCAGCGAGACACAAAUGAGUACGUGCCGCGCAACAGGGACUGGAUCAAGGAUCAGAUACAUGCAAAGCUGCACCGGACGUCCAUCACUUCGAAGGUCUUGAAAAAGAAACUAGCCGAAAAUGUACACAAAGAAUGAGAGGAGCAUUGGAGGCACACAUGAGUUUGGGUCCUCCGCUUUCGAAGGAUAACGUGUAAACACAGUUCGCGGAGAGCAGCAGCGGCACAAUCAACAGACUUUAAUUAUAAACAAUUUAUAUAUAUAUGUAUAUUUUAAAAAUAAAACACAAUACACAUCUGA